CAAGAAUGAGGAUAAAUAUCUGACAUCCUUCGUCGACAACUUGGACUUUUUUUCCCUUCUCUCCUCAUCCACCGGACAACAUUUCCUUUUGUUUCUGUUUUUCAUUUUUCCUUCUGUUUUUUCCUUUUGUCUCUUCCUUUCGUCGUCUCUUUUCAUCAUCUCUUCUUUUCCCUUUGCCUUUUCUCCCUUUUCCGCACACCCUUUUCAUCCUUCCAACAACCAACCAACGCCAAAAUGCAUCUCGCCAACAACGAUGUCGUCAAGGCCGCCCUGGCCGCCAUGCUCCUUGGCCAGGCGCUUGCCGCCCCCAUGCCCAGCGUCUACGGCGGCGAGGGCGCUGUCCUCGACACCCGCAACAUCCAGGUGCUCGACGCGCGUGGCCAGGACGCCCUCGAGGCCCGCGACCCCAGGGCCCGCCUUAUAAUGAAUGGCAUCAAGAAAGGCAUUAGUCUCUGGAAUACCGUCACAGGCGGCGGCGGCGGCGGUGAGGCCCGGAAGCGUGACAUCGCCGACGAGGCCCCCGAAUACGAGGAGUUCGCCGAGGAAUCCGCCGAUAUCGAGGCUCGCGACCCUGAGCUGAUGGCCCGCGACCCCAGGGCCCGCCUUAUAAUGAAUGGCAUCAAGAAAGGCAUUAGUCUCUGGAAUACCGUCACAGGCGGCGGCGGCGGCGGCGAGGCCCGGAAGCGUGACGUCACUGAGGUCUACUAG